AUGCAAAUCUCUAUUCCCCUGGCUGUCCUCGCUAAGCAGACUGAAGAGCCCUCCAGCGAUAGCACUCCACUCGUCGUCUCCCUUCGUCAUCAGAGAGGUGAAGGAGCAAGAGGAGGGGCAGCAGCAGUAGCAUCAGGGGAAAGAGGAGCAGGCGCUGAAGGAGGAGGAGCAGGAGGGAAUGAUGGAGGAGGAGGUGGUGGAGGAGACAGCGGAGACCUCACAGACACAGAAUCUCUCUCCACCACUUCGCUUCUUCGUCAGCAGUCAAAUUCAUCGUCGCCAUCUUCGUCGGUUUCCUCCGUGAAGGAUCUCAAGUCGGACAUUUACCACCAGAUUGAACUCCGCCGGUCCAACUCGGUCUCGUCCCGCCAGCUUCCUGUGAUAGACGUUCGUCCCAUCGAAUUCUGGUCUGGGGUGCGGGGCGAGGGCGUGCAGCCACGCCUUCCAGGCCCUGUCAGAUCACCCGUGGCGCCCAGGUCACCUCGCUGGUCCUCCAAAUCCACUGAGUGUGAAAGUUUGACCAAGAUCCGGCCCCACCUCUACGCCUCCACAUCCUCCUCACUGGAAGAAGGCCCAGAUGAGGAUCACCUGGGAAGGAUCCACUUCUCACUGCACUACGACGCACUGGCUGCUGUUUUGAGAGUUAAGGUGAUAGAGGCCAUGGACCUUCCCCGACCAGCGUGUAAAGACCGCAACGACCUGGCACAUUCCAACCCCUAUGUCAAGGUGUCCCUCCUUCCUGACACCAAGAACUCACUCCAGACUUCAGUGAAGAAGAAAACACAAGAUCCAGUGUUUGAGGAGACAUUUACAUUUGAGCUGCCUUACAAGGAAGUGGUGCGACGGACUCUGGAGCUCAAGGUGAAAGACUUUGACAAGUUCUCCCGUCACUGUGUGGUGGGCCAUGCACUGCUGCCCCUUCAGAAGGUGAACCUAGCCCGGUCAUCACGGCACUGGCAGCCCCUCACACCCUGCAACCUAGAGACUGAGGAGUAUGGAGAGAUUCUGCUGUCCCUCAAUUAUCUACCCACUGCUGGGAGACUCAAUGUGGAUGUGAUCAAGGCAAAGCAGCUGCUCCAGACUAACUUAGUGAGAGGGGCAGACCCCUACGUGCGGGUGUCACUGGUGGUGCGUGGGAGACAUCUCAAGUCCAAGAAGACCAGCGUGAGGAAGAACACCCUCUCACCAUCCUUUAAUGAGUCCUUCAGCUUCCAUGUGACAUCCUCUGAGUUGCGUGAGGCAUCCCUGGUCAUCACUGUCUGGGACUGGAAUGGAGGUGUCAUGAGAGAUGAAUUCAUCGGACGUGCUGUCCUAGGAAAGCAACCCUCAGGUCCCAAUGAGAUGACCCACUGGACCAACAUGAUGGGGUCACAGAGACAUGCAGUGGCUCAGUGGCACUCCCUCCAUGCGCGCAGCCACUGUGACCAGGUGUCCUCAGCCUCCCGUGCAGUGCCCUGAAAACUGACAAGAUGGAUGACCUCAGAUCACAGCCAAAAAACAAAGUAAUUUUUGGUAGCAGCCAGUCAUACCUGCCCUGUCCUGAAUCCAUCUCUGCCGUGAUGAGCAGCAUUCUUUAGGGCGACAUGGCUGGUGGCCAGUGCUGGCUCAGAUUUACAUAUUGCACAAGGAAAUUCAGUGAGUAGCAAGAUAGUUCAGGUGGUGCAAGAGGCUGCUAUUGUAAUGGUGCUGUAGUACCUGUGUCCAAGUCAAUUGACUCCAUAUUGUGUUUCAGCUCUUCUCUGGUUUAUAUAGAUUAUGUAGCAAUGUAUUCUUCAUCAAUCCACUACUUUGCCCUAAGGACCAAAAAUAUGUUUUUGUUCAUGACAGUUAAAGCAGUACUGAUAUAUCAACCUUGUGAAUACUGUGGUACUGUAACUGCCUCUGUGUUGUAUCAGUGUUGUGGGGCCUCAAGAAAGUGUGCUGCCUUUCCAAGGCCCUUUCAUAAAUGCAGCCCUGUCCCUUUAUGUUAUAGAAAAACUGAUAUCAACCAUCAGCUGAUGCUCUGUUGCUGGAAGUCCUUAUAUCUCCAGGUCCCCUUACUGUGUUCAAGUUAGUGCUGUGUUAGCUUGGUUACUUUAACAUUAAACUACAUCAGGAGUGCUGUGGAUAUAUAGAUAUAAAUAAAUAUUUAUAUGUGCA